GGCUUGGAUGAAGCUGCGAAGCUUGGCCGAGGGCGCUCAGCUGGCCACGCGUCACUUUCUACAGCAGUCUGCGCCGGUGCCGUGUCGCAGCGUCUGCCUCGCCGGCACGCCCUUUCGGGCAGUGAUCUUCAGCGAGGAGCCAGCUUUGGAUUGCGCCCUGCGGCUUCGCGCGGCCCUGGACGGCGACCAGCCCCGGCACAAGACCCUGAUCUUCAGCUCUGCGGAGGCGGCCUGUGAUGAGCUUCGGUGGAUGGUGGAUGUGCCGCAGUGCAAACUCAGCUACACGAUGCCCCUGUCUCUCGACGCCCUGUCACCAUGCACUGCUUCAGCAUCGCUGAGGAUGUCAUGUCCAUGGCGGAAGAGGUACGCCGUGGAGCGAUGGCUCAGACCAGUUUCGACAGACGAAGCUUGGUGAUUCCCAGAUCCAACGUGCCAGCUGCAGUGGAUGUGGUGGUGAUUGGUGCGGGGCUAUUGGGGAUGCUCACCGCCCACCGGUGCACUUCCGCAGGGUUCAGUGUGGCCGUGUUGGAGCAACGUCCUGUGGUGGGAGGGAUCUGGUCCAUGUAUGCCAACGGCACCUCACAGGUCAACAGCUCGGAAGGUGGCUACUGCAUCAAGGAUUUGCUUGGGGAGGAAGAUGGCAAGGCUGGGGACAAUCGGGACCACAGCACGGCUGCCGAAGUGUUGAAGGAUUUGGCCAAGCUUGGUGAUCGCCUCAAAGAGCACAUUUUCACUUCUGUCAAGGUGAUGAAGGUCCUGGGUGAAGGAGGCAACUACACUGUACUUUUCGAUGAUGAGUUGUUGCGAAGUGCCGGGAUCGUGCAGUGCCGGGGCGUGGUGCUGUGCAUCAACGAUCGCGUUGGGCUGCCCCGACCUUUGUGCGUUCCCGGGCAAGAAAGCUUCAUGGGAGUAGUGGCUGAUGGCACCUCCGAUUCCUUGGCAGGCAUCAACUGGCGUGGCAAGCGAGUGGUGAUCGCUGGCAUGGGCGCCUUUGCGGUCGAGAAUGUGCGAACCGCCUUGGAGCACGGUGCGGCACAGGUCAUUGUGGUUGCUCGCCGCCAUGGCACCAUUUGCCCCAAGGCAAUUGACUACCUGAACUUCGUCAAGCCGUGGGAUGAGAAAUACAAGCACGACACCCAGACCAACGUCAAGCAGUUCUUGCGAUGGAAGCAGCUCUACGAAGCAUCUGGCUGCCGGUUGCCGGAAUGCUGGCCGAAACAGGUGAAGCAUGACGGCCACACCAUCUCUGUGAGCGAUAUUUGGUUCGUGGCCCACCACAUGAAGAAGCUUUCUACGAUGACAGGCUUGAUCCAGCACAUCGAGAAGGAGGGCGUGAUGCUGUGCAGCGGAGACUUUGUCCCCUGUGAUGUGGUGGUGGGCUGCAUAGGCUUUGAGCGAUCCAACUUUGUCUGCGAGUCCCUCACAGGUCGCUGCGAAGUGAAGACCACCAACUACUUGGACCAGCACAUGAUGUACCUGGCGGAUGCAGAGAUUGACGAAGGUGCCUUCAACUCAUUUUUUGGCUCCUCCGUUUUGGAAUAUGGGAAAUUCUUCACCAACGUCUUCGUUGAGGGCCUGCUGCGGCCUGACAUCUUGGGUGAGCGACUCUGGGGUUGCGACACUGUGGCGGUGCCAAUUUCCCAAAGGAAGUGGAAUCAGUACAUUGCUUCCGCCAUGGAGCUCAUUGAGACGGAUGAUCGGAUUGCGCUGCAUGCACAGCAGCAGGUGGAUGCCCGCACCAAGCACUUCUGGCGCACGCUGCCUCCAACGAGUUUCCUUUCGGUGAAUCGCAAGGAGUGGGAAGAGCUGCACCAACGCCUCAAUGGAGGAGUUCCAGUGCCCCAGGAGCAGCAGCUGCCGUACUUCUUCGAAGAGAUCCCUGCAUGGUGUUGAUUGCAUAGACAUGGUAUACAGACGUAGCAGUGCAGGCACCAAUCCUACGCCAUGGGAAAUACCAGUUGCCGGAUACAAAUCCUUGCAGCCUUGCGGCCUUGCGUCCUUCAAGUCGACUGCGGCUUUCCAUGGAGUAUUUGAAUCGCCUGCCCUUAUCAAUGUGCCCUAGCACAUCAAUGCUUGCAUGACCGUGUUGCAAUCUAGACCACUAUAUAGCUAUCCUUAUCACUGUGCAUAGUGUUGCCUGGUGAUAAGGGUUAAAGCUGCACAGUGAAUUCGGCACAUGGCAAUUUUGGUGACUAGAGGAAGCACAGUGGCAGAAGGAUGAGUCUAG